ACCGCAUUUUCCGGUGUUCAAACAAUUACAAGGAAGUCAUUUUUCCCGUAACCUGCUCUCAUUACAGCAUGGCACUUGUUUAAUCGCAGUUUUUGGUGAUUCCUGGUCGAUUUGAAAUAAUCAAUGGAUUCCAAAACCUCUACCAAUAAGGGUUCGGGUCCCUUGAGACGGUCGCAAAGACAGUCGUCAGGGAAAGUACUACACGAACCAACCCCGAGGGGUCCUCUUAAGAGGACUAAAAAGAGCAUUGAAGACAAGCCUUCUGCUACAGAAACCAGUGGUCCCAGGGUUGUUGAUAAUGGCUUGGAGGAUGAAGAAUCUCCUAGUAAAAAAAUACAUCUGGACACCGGAGGAGCAGAUGAUGACGGACUCAGUGAAAAUCAAAUGGAUUUUGAGGAAUCAACUGAGAGAAUGGAGAAAAAUGAAAACCAGGAAUUGCACAUUGUAAAGAAUUCUACACAUGCAAUACAUCUACCAAAUAUAUGCAAAGACGCCCUCGGAGACAGGAAUUUAUCCCCUAGUGUGGUGCUCGGUCAACGUUGCAGAUUGAGCCAUUUGGUGAUUGAGGAUGCAGACCGGUCAAAAUUAAACAAAGAACCAAAACCACCCGUAUCCCCCACCAAGUCCACCUUGGAAGUCAGAGCACCAGAGCUAAGACAUUAUAAACCGAUCACCAGCAGUAUGGCUGAGUAUAAGAAGACAAUGGAGCUCAAAGCUAAGAGCUUAGAUUUACCCAAAGUCAACCGCUUUGACACAAGUGUACUUGCAUCGUCGGAGAAAACCUACACAACGCGACAACGUGUAAAUAACAUUCCAGCACAAAAUAAGCCCAUUCAUCUAAAAAAACAAGGGACUAAGAAAACUGUGGUUACCAAGGGAAACCCUGCAAGUUCCUGUAGAGGAUUUGCGUGGUACCUCGGGGUUUUUGUUUUCCUGUUGCUGCUCGGUUCUGCUACUUACAUGGCAUACAAGAUCAUCCCGGUACUCCACAGGACUGCAAAUGAAGCAAGGAGUCCAUCCAGGGGGGUAAAGAUAGAAACGUUUACAGAUGGGUUAUUACUUCUAAAGACUCAGUUUCCCAGUCAGCGGCCUGAGUUUUGGAAGAGAAGCCAGAUCCACCUGCAAAAGCACAUUGAAAGAGCCCACCCUACAGAGCCAGUCAGUAUGAUCCUCACUGCCGGCCUCAAGGCUGAGGGGACGCUACGCUGCCUAUCUCACGGCCUUGCCUCCUCCUUCUCAUCUGCACUCAACGCAUCUGUCCUACACAUUGAUGGAGCAAGUAAAACCAGUCAAGAAAGUGACAAAGUGAAGCUGGAUAUUGACAACCAGCUGCAAGCAGCUUUUGAAGGUGAUCAACCUGCAGCAGUCAUCCAUCGUUUUGAGGAGUUGCCUUCAGGUUCUACCCUCAUAUUUUAUCGCUACUGUGACCACGAGAAUGCUGCAUACAAGCAGGUGUUCUUGUUGUUCACUGUGUUGCUGCCUCAAGAUGAGCUCAGCCAUGACCUGAGUCUGAAGGAGGUGGAGGAGAUUGUCCAAGACUAUGUUAAGGAAAAAUUUGUGGGCUCCACCAGCCAAACAGCAUUCAAUGAAAUGGAUAUUGACAAGUUUGGUGGUCUCUGGAGUCGCAUUUCCCACCUCAUUCUGCCUGUAGUGUCAGAGGAGGAGGUAGAGCACAGAGGAAAACACGUCUGCAAUAUUUGACUCACUAAAAGAUUCAAAAGAUCUCUAAGAUGAGAAUUUACUUCAGUUGCACUUAAUCUGACAUUCCAUUUGGACGCAUGGAAUUGGAGCAACAGUUUUUAUUCACAUAGAUUUGAAUAAGAUUUGGAUAAAUGUGUAAAAAGUUUUACAACAUAAUUUCACCAACAAAUUAUUUUAAUAUAAAAUGGUUUUCCUCAGGCAGAUAAAGCGUGCACUCUAUAAUGUAUAUACUUUGAGAUGUUUUGUAGUUCAGCAUCCACAGCACUGUUUAACUGCAAAUUAAUACAUUUUCUCCAUCCCCUGGCUCAGCAUGGAUCACACCGAAUCGUUCUUUGGGACCUAAAUGUUUUGUUGUCUCUUAAGGUUCUUGUUUUAUUUAGGAAUUCAUAGAUGUUCUCGUAAUUUGUUAGAAACAACUGACAUUUACAGAAACACCUCCAUUUAAUUCUGAUAUAUGCAAAAGAAGUAAUCUUGCACUGAAAGUCUGUGGGUUUAUUUUGCUUUAAGUGUUCAUCUUAUUCAGAUUACUAGCUUUUAUUGAGAAAAAUAUUAUAUAUUCUUAAUUCUUUUUGUGAAGAUGUGUAUACAUGUGAAGCUUUUCUUAAAUUGAAAUAUUUUUUGAUAGUUCCUUAUGUAUGUAAUGUAUAUUGAGUAUAAAAAUGUUUGAUCCUUGUAACUGUUGUAAGGAAACCACUGAAAAUGUCCAUUUAAGUCGUUGCAAUUUCUCAUGAAGUGAUUUUAAAUUUGUACAGAAUAGUUUUGACUGAAUAUUCUCAAAAUGUGCCUUAAACACAUGAAAAUAAAGCUGUGUUUGAUAAGUAACAUUUAUAAGUUGAUACUGUUCCUUGACAUCAGGACCCUAGCUAGGUUUGUUGCAUCUAAUUAGCGUGUGAUUCAUGCUUUAUAAAGUGUCCUCUUUGAUAUAUACCUUUUAUGUCAGCAGAGUUGACUUGUUUGUCACUCGUAUGAGGAACUAAAAUAUUUCAAUAAAAAUACAUUUUGAUACAACGGAAAAUGGCGAUUUAAUGACCUGUGGUAAUUUAUAAUAGGCUAAUAAUGGAUACGUCUGUGUCAUCCAUUAAGUUUGCUGACAACACGGCCAUUGUGGGGCUCAUCUCCCACAACGACGAGCAGGCCUACAGGACAGAGAUCUACCUGGAGAACUGGUGCCAUGAGAAUAAUCUGCUGAAUGUCAGCAAAACUUUGUAAAGAACUGAUUUUGGAUUUCGUCAGGAAAAAGCAGAGUCUUCCAUCCACUCUGCAUCAGUGGAUCUGUGGAAUAAGUGGACUGUUUUAAAUAUCUUGGUUUGACAUUUACUUAAUUAAAUUUACAAAAGAACUGUCUUGGUAACUUCAAAGUCACUGUUAAGAAAGCCAGACAGCGUCUCUACCACCUCAGAAGCCUGAGAGACUUCAAGCUCCCACUUCCAGUGCUCAGGAACUUUUACACCUGCACCACUGAGAGCAUCCUGUGUGGGAGUAUCACCAACUGGAUGGGUAGCUGGACUAAACAGGACUUCUCACCCCUCAAAAGGGUGGUUCGUUUAGCUGAGCGGACAAUUAGAUCCACCUUCACCAACCGCAACCCAGUCUCACAGCGAUGGAGAUCAAGGGCUGUGAAGAUCCUGAAGCAGCCUAAUCAUCCUGUAAACUCCCUCCUCUCCCUGCUGUCAGGCCGACGCUAUCAGUGCCUAAAGUCUGCCACCGAAAGGAUGAGUAAGAAUCCCCCCCCCCCCCUCUUUUCUUUUUUCUUCAACAUGCACCUUAUUAUUAUAACAGCUUAUUCAUUUGAUUUAAUUUUGAUUGUUUUUCUUUAUUCUUGCAAAUGGAUGCUGAUAUGAAAAACAUUUCACUGUG